AUGAGAUCCCUGAAACACCUAAAGCCGCACACCAGGAGCAAUGUGGUGGAGGAGAGCGGGCGCCUGGUUAGAUGUUACUCUAAGGUGAUGGAUCGGCAGGUGGACGCGGGCACGCAGACGGACCCCGUCGUGGUUCUGUCUCUGGCCCAGGCCGCCGUGUUGGGCCUCAUUUCCCAGAACGAGGUCUUUGGCGCCACCAUCGCGCCGAACGGCUUCUACACUGGAGAGGCCAAGGAGUGCCCCCCUGCCCCCGCGGGGGACAUGGAGUACGAGUACGCUGACCAGCUCAUCGGCGCCAACGGGGAUUACCUGGAGGAGCCGGCGGAGGACGGGGGAGGGCUGCCCCAGGCCAUGCCCCCCGGUAGGGAGAGGCGGGGACCGGGGGCGGCCAGCUGUGAGGGCGGAGCCGAAGAUCCCGCUGACGGCUUUUCGGAAGCAGGGGUGGAGGUGAAAGGGGAGGGCCAGGAGCUCGCCCUGCUGCCCCCCUGCAUUCACAUGCUCAACAACCUCAUCCCGAGAGAGGGGGUGCAGCUGGUGGACCCCACCACUUACAGGGUAGCCCCGAAGGAGGAGCAGCAGCCCAACAACUGCUGCCCCGACUGCGAGAGGGAGGUGAGGAGCCGGCAGACGGACACACAGCCGGGGGCCGAGCAGUGCCCCCCAGGGGUCGGAGAGGAGGAGGGGGGGCCGCAGGUGCUGGAGCAGCAGGGGGAGCCGGAGGGACAGGAAGAGGAAGGGGAGGAGAACGAGGAGGCGGGGGAGGAGGAGGAGGACAGCGAGAGGCCCCUCACGUCCGGCGAGGAGGACGACGGCGCCGAGAUGAGCCGCUACUUCGAGUCCAGCGAGGUGGGCUACGAGUCCGGCGAGAUGGGCGUCCCCGGCGACUUUGAGGAGAACGGCCAGGGCCUGAUGUGGCCGGAGCCGGCGGACGGCGGCGGCGAGGGCCAGCCGGGCCGGCGCGUGCAGAUCGACCGGCUGGACAUCAACGUGCAGAUCGACGAGUCGUACUGUGUGGACGUGGGGGAGGGGCUGCGGCGCUGGAAGUGCCGCAUGUGCGAGAAGUCCUACACCUCCAAAUACAACCUGGUCACCCACAUCUUGGGCCACAACGGCAUCAAGCCGCACGAGUGUCCGCACUGCGGCAAGCUCUUCAAGCAGCCCAGCCACCUGCAGACCCACUUGCUCACCCACCAGGGCACGCGGCCCCACAAGUGCACCGUCUGCAAGAAGGCCUUCACGCAGACCAGCCACCUGAAGCGGCACAUGCUGCAGCACACCGACGUCAAGCCCUACAGCUGCCGCUUCUGCCGCCGCGGCUUCGCCUACCCCAGCGAGCUGCGCGCCCACGAGACCAAGCACGAGAGCGGCCGCUGCCACGUCUGCCCGCAGUGCGGCAUGGAGCUGCCCAGCCUGGCCCACCUCAAGCGGCACCAGACCAGCCACCAGGGCCCCACCACCUACCAGUGCUCCGAGUGCAACAAGUCCUUCGCCUACCGCAGCCAGCUGCAGAACCACCUGAUGAAGCACCAGAACGUGCGGCCCUUCGUCUGCGCCGAGUGCGGCAUGGAGUUCGUCCAGAUCCACCACCUCAAGCAGCACGCUCUCACUCACAAGGUACUGACUCAGCAGGCCGUCACACACAAGGGAAUGAAAGGAUUCAGGUGUGACGUGUGCUCGCGGGAGUUCACCCUGUCAGCCAACCUGAAGCGGCACAUGCUGAUCCACGCCAGCGUGCGGCCCUACCAGUGUCACGUCUGUUUCAAAACCUUCGUCCAGAAGCAGACGCUCAAGACGCACAUGAUCGUCCACCUGCCCGUGAAGCCCUUCAAGUGCAAGGUGUGCGGGAAGUCCUUCAACCGAAUGUACAACCUCCUGGGCCACAUGCACCUCCACGCCGGCAGCAAGCCCUUCAAGUGCCCUUACUGCUCCAGCAAGUUCAACCUGAAGGGAAACCUCAGCCGGCACAUGAAGGUCAAGCACGGCAUAUCAGACACCUCCCCCGACGGACAAGAUGCACUCCCUGAAAUCGAAGGCCAGGAGGACUUCGAGGAGGAGAACUUCGACUUCUCAGCACAGGAGAACCUUGCCGGUAACAAUGCACAAGAAAUGGCAAAACUGUCCGAGGGAGCCAUGCAGGAAAUGGACUACUACUCCUUUGGCAAGGAGGCCGAACGCUACAACACUGCAUAAGCUGGUGGCAGACUGAAAUGAACCAAUAGGGAGGAAUGAACUAAACAUAAAAAUGCCAGUACUGGCUGCUGCGGGCACUGUAUGGGUUGCAAGGCCCUAAUACCACAUGAACUAAUCUGUUCUGAUGGACAUCCCUGCAGGGAGAAGAGUGUUUAAAGGAAGCCAUUUUGGCUCAGUUUUCUGUUGGGAGUGUAGUGGGAGCAAGAAAUUGGUGAUUUGGGUGAUGAUGGUCCUCUGACCUUGACCAGUGAAGUUUGCCUGAAGUUUCACUGCAGCUUGAAGAAGUCCAAAGUCAGAAUAUUUCAUCAGAUAUGCUGUAUAAUAUGUAAAUUACUUGCCUCCACAUUUGAAAGACUGGUUUUGUAGCAUCGUGUAAGUCAUAGAACAAAUUACACAACAUAUCAAACUAGAGAUUUUGGUCCGACUUCUCUCACUUCAGUUAUUUAAUGUGCCGGCAUAGCUGUUGGCACAGUCAGAGAAAUUGCUGAAGAGAGGUUGUUUCUUGUGAAAAUAUGACAUUUCAGGGUCAUGUUCUGUCAACUAAUCACUGAUAAAAACCCACAAUCUGCUCUGAGGAAGAAGCUGUGGGACAGGAACUGUCGAGAAAACUUUUUUUUUCACCUCAUUGAAAUGUGAAAUAAGUGUACAGAAGGGGAACCAAUAAUCUCUCUACAUCUUAAGCUUGAUGCAAAUCGCAUUGUCCUAUCUUUAAAAAAAAAAACCCGCAGUUGAGGUGACCCACCCUUAGAUUAGACUGAUUAUAAUGACCUCAUAGUCUGUCCAGCAGAUGGAGAAGUGUAGGAUAUUUGCUUCUCCAUCUGGGAAGGGUUGCACUGUUUUGAUGUGGUCCUCUCCACCAUAAAUGAGAUAUUCAAGAUUCAGCCUUGGGGUGCUGCUUGCCUGUGAGAGGAUGACCUUUCUGAGCCAUGAUCCAAUCACGAUGACUACGUCUCGCCCAUUUCUGCCUAUCCCUGCUCUUCCCCGGAGCCACGUGUGAUUGACAUGAUGACGGCCAGUCAUACUUGUGUGAAAUGUUAGCACGGAAUGCGGAAGGCCAAAUGUUAACAGCGUGACCCUUUCCAGACAGAGGUAUCUUUGAAGCAUUAGCGGAGCAGGCUAAUCACCUACUGUACACCAGAAAAGCUAAGUUCAACCGAGGACAUUCAAGGGUACAAACCUGCACCCUGCAAACAACAGUAGCUAGCACACAAACCUGACUGUUCGCCUUGCAUUUAAGACUAUACAGUGGGUUUAAGGUGUUUACCUGUACAGGACUGCAAACCUAUCUUUCUCCUGUGUUUGAAUGAAACUGAUAGGGGACACUUUUGUUGUAGAAAAGAGAUACUGAAGCGAUUAAUUGCUGAAACUACUGAAAAGUACCGCUAGAAAGUGCAGAGAAGUUCCUGCAGGAACAUUUGGGGGAUGAGGCCUAAUUAAAGUAGGAUGACUCUAGAUUAUUUCUGACAGGUGUAGGAGCAGAGAUGUUGAAUAGCACUCAUUUCAUUUGGAAAGCACUCUUUCAGUGAUCAUUAUAUAACCAUGUUAGAAUGGAGUGAGGCUUUGUGUGUGUGUGUGUGUUUAUUUUUUGUGAACAGUACAUACUUCAAAAAAAUUCUUGAGAUUAGAGACUUUUUUCCUGAUUUGUAGCUGUCCAAAAAAAAAACACUUGAAGGGAUUUAUUAGACUAAAAAGUGAUGUUCGAAUUUACAUUUUUAUGAGUACUUCAGUUCAUGGUAAAUACUGUUCGUUGUUGUAAUGUUUCUCAGCACAACCAGUUCCCAGCACAAGUUUAAAAAAAAUCCUCUAGACAGUUUUCCAUGCCUUUGGAAGUGUGCUCGCUAAUUGAACACAAUGCUGUGAGAGAGGUUCUGCCACCUGUUGUACCUCAGCGAUCUCAGGGCCCAGCUGAUUGUACUGUUCCAUCCUAUGGCCUCUGUGGACCAAAGAUUCUGACUACUACUGUAACCACAACACCAAAACCUGCGGCUGAGGUGCGAACGCAUCUUAGGCCUGUACAUUACUGACAAACCCGCCCCCUAUGCCUUGCCCCCCUUUUUUGCAUCAGAAAAAUUUUAUGAGGGAAAAACAAAUCUUGUCCUAAAGGGCAGACUCUGUGAACACUCAGCCAUCUAUAGGAACAGGAGUUUUGCUGCAGUGACAGGGGCCUCUGACAAUUCACACAAUUCGACAUCAGUUUACUUUUCCAUUUUCUGGCCCUCAGAGGGGGGCUGAAAUGUCAUGGUCUGUGAAAAUGUCUUGACCCCAACACGUUUUUUGUCUGUUGCUGCGUCAAUGCAAACUGGCAAGAACACUAUCCACCCUUGCGGGUGUGGUCUCACGGACACGCAUCUUGUUGCAAGCUGAGGUGAGGCAAACUGCCAUUUCCCAGCUUUCGAUACAGCCACAGUGGUAGAGAAACUGUCCUUUAGCUUUAUGCACUUACAGUGCCCCUGUAUAUGUGUGGUCUUUUUGGUGGGAAAACAAAAUUGCUUGGAAAUAAGCGGGGGAAAAAAAAAAAAAAAAAAAAAAAAAUUUGUGAAUUCGCCCCUCUCCUAACCGUCAGUUUGAGUGACGGAGCACCGGUUCUGUGGCUCAUCGGUGUGAACAUACUGUGGACAUGAUGACAUGUAAAUGUGUACCUGACAAUACUGUAAAUAAUAAAUUUAUUUACCUUAAAAAAAA